GGGGUUCCAACGUGAAGAAACUGAAAACAAAAAAAAAAGAAAAACUGAGAUUUUUUUUCAAGAAGGAGAAAUAAACUCAGAAGAUCAAAAAAGAAAAAAAAAAAAAAAGACAACUGAAGCGCUGAACAGUGUGGUUACAUCUCCCUGUCUGCCUCUCUGAGCCCGCCGGGUGCCUUCUUUGGCCAGGCAUUUAAAAACUUCAGCUGCCUCUGGCUAAAUAAAAACAGCCAGCUUGCGCUUUAAAAAAUAUAUAAAUAUAUAUAUAUAUAUAUAUAUACACAUACAUAUAUAUAUCUAUAUAUAUAUAUACAUUUUUUUGUGCCGCCACUCAGCAGUAUGUCACCUGAGUUGGAAGAGAACAGCCAAGGUGAAAUCAGUGUUCCCCAGCUGGACGCAGGGAUACUGUCUGAGGAGGAGGGCAGCGCAUCAGCUCGCCCUCUGGUGCCUGUGCCUGGGGUGGGCUCAGGGUGCGAUGACGGCGGAGGGGGGGGCCCAACGCAGACCCAGGACGAUACUGCGGCUGGAAAUGGGUCUGUAACAGUACCAGCAGCGGAGAGAGAAACCUGGACCAGACAAAUGGACUUCAUCAUGUCCUGUGUGGGUUUUGCUGUUGGCUUGGGCAACGUGUGGCGGUUCCCUUACCUGUGCUACAAAAAUGGAGGAGGGGUUUUCCUGAUCCCUUACUUGUUGAUUGUGUUCAUCGGGGGCAUCCCAGUUUUCUUCCUGGAGAUUGCCCUGGGACAGUUCAUGAAGCAAGGGGGGGUCUCUGCCUGGAACAUCGCGCCCCUCUUUAAAGGUCUGGGCUUGGCCUCAAUGGUGAUCGUGUUCUUCUGUAACACCUACUAUAUCAUGAUCCUGGUGUGGGGCCUCUACUUUCUCUUUCACUCUUUCACUAACCCACUGCCCUGGGCCACCUGCGGACACCCCUGGAACACCCCCAACUGUACACAGGACUUUCGACGCACCUGCCACAACCGCAGUACCGCCCAGCCUGCUCCACCAUCGUCUGCCGCCACCAACUCCAGCCUCUUCUCCUCCACAUCCCCGCUGAACCUCUCCUCAGCCCAGCUCCUCCUCAAUGGCAGCUGCAUGGAUGUUGAGGGCCUGCGUUCUCCUGUCAUUGAGUUUUGGGAACGUAAAGUGCUUCGUCUGUCUGGAGGGCUGCACGAGCCCGGUGGUAUAAGCUAUGAGAUGGUGCUGUGUCUUAUAGCCACCUGGAUCAUUGUUUACUUCUGUAUGUGGAAAGGAGUUAAAUCUACUGGCAAGGUUGUGUACUUCACAGCUCUCUUCCCUUACCUGGUUCUGGUUGUUCUUCUUGCCCAUGGGGUCACUCUGCCUGGAGCAUUGGAUGGCAUUGUUUAUUACCUGAAACCAGACUGGUCCAAACUGGGAGAAGCACAGGUGUGGAUAGAUGCCGGCACUCAGAUUUUUUUCUCCUAUGCCAUCGGACUAGGUGCCCUGACGGCGCUGGGUAGCUACAAUCGCUUCCAUAACAACUGUUACCAGGAUGCAUUUGUGCUCGCUCUCAUCAACAGUGGAACCAGUUUCUUUGCCGGCUUUGUGGUAUUCUCUGUGCUGGGUUUCAUGGCUACAGAACAAGGAGUGGACAUCAGUAAAGUAGCCGAGAGUGGUCCAGGCCUGGCCUUUAUAGCCUAUCCCAAGGCUGUGACUCUGAUGCCUCUGGCACCGCUCUGGGCAGCACUUUUCUUCUUCAUGUUACUCAUACUGGGGCUGGACAGUCAGUUUGUCGGGGUUGAGGGUUUGAUAACGGGAAUCAUGGACAUGCUGCCCCCAAAAUCUGCCCUGGGCUCGCUUCGGCGAGAGGUAGUAGCUGCCAUCUGCUGCAUCAUCUGCUUCCUCAUUGACAUGUCCAUGGUUACUGAGGGAGGGAUGUAUGUCUUCCAGCUGUUUGACUACUACUCUGCCAGUGGCAUCACAUUGUUGUGGCAGGCCUUCUGGGAGUGUGUGGUGGUUGCAUGGGUGUAUGGCGCAGACCGUUUCAUGGACGAUGUGGCUCGUAUGAUCGGCUAUCAGCCCCUACCCUAUAUGAAGUGGUGUUGGUCCUACAUCACACCGUUUGUCUGUGUGGGAGUGUUCCUGUUCCACGUGGUUAACUACAAGCCCCUGACCUACAACACAGUGUACACAUACCCCAUCUGGGGUGAAGCACUCGGCUGGGCGCUGGCCCUAUCCUCUAUGCUCUGUAUCCCUGUCACUGUUCUCUACAAACUACUGCGCUGCAAAGGAUCUUUGCGGGAGCGCUGGCAGCACCUAACCACACCAGUUUGGGGCAGACAUCACCUGGAGUACCUGGCCCCUGAGAGUGAGGCCAAACUGCUGCCCCCUGCAGGAACCAAGGGGACGCUGCUCUUUGAGAGUGUCAUCUGAUGAGCUCCACAGAACAAAAGGGCCAAGGUCAUCUUUGACAGCAGCAGACACGUACAUACGCAAACAAACUUAUAGAUUAUUUACACACCCUUAAAACUAUAAGAAAGACCUGGACAAUGGACCAAAGAUUAGAUUGGAGAAAAACAACCAUGUAUUCAUCACAUGCUGAUAUACCCUCUGCUCUGUUUUCUGACUCUACCUCGCCGGCUUGCCCCUCUCUUUCUGUCCCACUCCUGCGUUUGUGCUGUUCUGUCCUGUAUUGCUUUGUCUGUGUGAUGUAGUUUGUAGUUUGCAAUAUCUUCCCUUUCCACGCCUUCCUGUCCACGUUUUAACAGCCUCACUCAACCCAAGCAGCCAUGCCAUCUUCAAUGAGCAUAAACCUAAAAGAGUCUGAUGAGUUGUUUUAAAAUUAAAGACCUCAUAUCUGCUGCUGAUAAUGCCACGGUCUGAAUGCUUAUGUGUGUAGCUGCACGUAUGCCUGUGCCCUUGUGUUUAUAACCCUGUCCCGUGCGUGUGUGCGUGUCUGUAUGAAUGGGUGUUGCGUUAGACCGUGGGCCACGGUCUGUGGCGAUGGUAUUUUCCAUUUAUAUGUAACAUUGCCCUCAGCCAUUGUUUCCUGCCAACUGUUCUCUGUGAAUUAACUGUACAAAAAAAACAACUUCCAUUUGUUAAAAACUAAAAUUAUCAUGACAAGCAAUGCACCACCAAUUCCAGCUAUGUAUUAUAAACUAACUUAAGUAUCCAGUGUGUUGUACGGUCUGUGAAUCAGUGUUAAUCUUUGGAGGGGAUGAUUAUUAUUAUUUCCACGUGAAGAGAAGGAGAGAAACCUCUGGGUGAGCUGUUUAAAGAGCAGGAGGCUAGGAUGACAAAGAAUUGCUGUGACGCCUGAUGAGAUGCAAUAAAUGGCCAGAUAAAGAUGGA